AAAUGUGCUGUAUUGAAGUGAUUGUUGGAAGUGUAUGUUUAUACUAAUAUAUUGGUUUUUACAUUACAGUUUGUUUUUAUUUAUGCUACUGACUAACUUUGUGCUGAUUUUGGUUUCAAAUAUAACCUGUGAUUUAUAAUACUGAUCCCUUCAAAGAGAAAAGAAGAAUGGCUGAUGUUCUCAGCAUCGAAGAUUUACUCUCAUUUGACUUAGAAAUUGUGGAGCUUGGGUCCACUGGGAAAGUAGACAUACAACGAAAAGAUCAAGAAUCCCCUCCUGUACCAAAGUCAACACUUCCUUUUGGACCCCCUCCACUAUUAUCAGACUUCAAGACUCAAUUAUUGGAAUUUCUAGAUCAUGCAGAGAAACUUCCUAUUCAUCAUGUUGACCAUGUUCAAAAGUUUAUUCCACGAAAACCUAACGUUGCAUCUUUAUAUUCUUUGGACUUGGAACCACUACAGACUUCUCUACAAGUAGACAGAGAUCCCACCACUGGUCAGUUGUUGGGCUUUAAAGAGGUAAAAACUGAAGAACAAGGAGCCACGGCAAAAAACUCUAUGUCCUUGCAGCGAGCUCCAGGCCCUCCAUCUGAAGCUGUUCGUGGAAGCUCGACUAAUAUCCCUUUCUGGCCAGGAGGAAUGGAUGAGCCAAGCAUGGAGAUGUUAAAAGCUGCUACAAAACAAGAAGAUAUUGAUUUUGACAGAGGAUUACUGUCAGUGCCACCUGGUUUCAAGGAUGGAAUGACUUUUGAAAAACCUGAACUACCAGAGUCAGAAACAGACACAAGUACAAAAGAAGUACAAAUUUUGAAACUAAUGGAUAUCAUGUCCAUAGACGAUGAUUGGGACCUGCAAGCUUGUGUUACUGAUACCUUCAAAAAAACUCGAGAAGAAGAGAUUCAAGAACCAAAAAAAGUUACAAUAGAAGCUGUUUCAGUAAAAGAAGAAGAAGUCUGGGAAGAAAUUAUAGAAAAGAAACCUUUGUCAGUUACACUGAAAAUCGAAGAUGUACCUUCGGUCAAAGAAACGCUUCAUUCAAGCUCAUCAGAGUGGGCUACCAUGGUGAACAUAUCUGAUGCUGUAACAGAUUUUGACAAGAAAAUUCCCAACAUGGCCCGAACAUGGGAAUUUGAUCUUGAUAAUUUCCAAAAACAAGCCAUUCUUCACUUAGAAAACCAUGAGAGUGUCUUUGUGGCUGCUCACACCUCUGCAGGGAAAACUGUCGUAGCUGAAUAUGCUAUUGCGCUUUCAGAAAAACACAUGACGAAGACAGUGUACACAUCUCCUAUCAAGGCUUUGUCUAACCAAAAGUUCCGUGACUUUCGAGAAACAUUUAAGGAUGUUGGACUUAUUACGGGUGACUUACAAAUAAAGCCUGAAGCUAGUUGCUUGAUUAUGACUACAGAAAUUUUGAGAUCUAUGCUUUACAAUGGGUCAGAUAUAAUCAGAGAUUUGGAAUGGGUCAUAUUUGAUGAAGUUCACUACAUCAAUGAUGCUGAGCGAGGAGUUGUGUGGGAGGAGGUUCUGAUCAUGUUACCUGAUCAUGUUGAGUUGAUUCUACUAAGUGCCACUGUACCUAAUACAAUGGAGUUUGCAGACUGGAUUGGACGUACCAAAAAAAAGAAAAUCUAUGUUAUCAGCACACUUAAGAGGCCGGUGCCUUUGGAACACUAUCUCUACACUGGAAGUGGAGGAAAAUCGCGAGAUGAAAAAUUCUUGAUUGUUGAUGAAAAUAGCAAAUUCUCAACCAAGGGAUACCAAGCAGCUGUCAAUGCCAAAAAUGAGAGAGCCAGUAAAUUCCAACAAACCAGAGGUCCCAAGGGGCCAAGACAGAAUGUCAUGCCUCAGCAGGAGAAGAACACAUACAUUGCUUUAAUAAAUCAUCUUACCAAAUUGGAGAAGCUUCCAGUUGUGUGCUUUACCUUGUCACGUAAUCGUUGCGACAACAAUGCAUUCCUGUUGUCUAGUGUCGACCUAACUACUGCUCGAGAGAAGGGGGAAAUACACUCAUUUGUUGACAUUUGUGUAAAGCGAUUGAAAGAAGCAGAUCGACGCUUACCUCAGGUGUUGCAUAUGAGAGAACUCCUAAAACGUGGACUUGGGGUCCAUCACAGUGGAAUUCUGCCAAUAUUGAAAGAGGUUGUAGAGAUGCUGUUUCAGAAAGGGUUGGUCAAGCUUUUAUUUGCUACGGAAACUUUUGCCAUGGGUGUUAAUAUGCCAGCAAGAACAGUAGUGUUUGACUCAAUUCGGAAGCAUGAUGGAAAAACAUUUCGUGAUCUUCUGCCUUCAGAAUACAUCCAGAUGGCAGGACGAGCAGGCCGUAGAGGUCUGGAUUCAACAGGAACUGUGAUCAUUCUGUGUAAAGGGGAUGUUCCAGAAAUGUCUGACCUGUAUAAAAUGAUGUUGGGAAAGCCCACUAAACUGGAGUCUCAGUUUCGAGUCACUUACACAAUGAUCCUGAAUUUACUAAGAGUGGAAAAGCUACGAGUGGAAGACAUGAUCAAAAAAUCAUUUGGGGAAAUUUUUUCACAAAAAAACCAAGCAAGUCACCAAGUGAAAUUGAAGUCCCUCGGUGAGCGGAUGGGAUGUCUCCCAAAACUUGACUGUGUAACCUGCAAUACUGAUAUUGAACAGUAUUAUGAAUAUCUCCAACAAUUUGAAACACUAAAACAUGAUCUUAUGAGUGUUAUCACUUCUCAUCCUCAAGGUAUAAAAGUGUUGUCUGCUGGUCGUGUUGUGGUUGUUCACACAGAACAUCAUCCAAAUGUGAUUGCUGUCAUCCUUGCCACUAACUCUGAUCCCAAGUCAAGGACUUUUACUGUGUUAGCUUUAUCAGAGCGAUCAACACAAGAAGAAAAUGAAAUUCUUUCACUGGAGUUAGCCAUCAAACGUCCAUCUUCUGUAGGGCCACCAAAGUUAAAUAGCAAUAAGCUUGAAGAGGGAGAUAAUCUUGAAGAUAGCCUGAAACCUUACUCAAGUCAUCUUUUUAAACCAGAGGGUGCACCUGGUCAAUGCUUAUUGGAUAUUAGCUCCAAAGAUCUUCAAUACAUUACUACAAAAACAAUAAAGUUAGAUCCUAAUAAGAUCAUAAUGGAUUGCAAGAAAAGACAGCAGCCUCGUUUCAGAAAUGAUCCACCAGGUCCAUCAACAAUGUCAGCAACUCAAGAAAUAGCAAAGAUUCACGUUUCUAACAUACGACAACUUCCUCGGCUCAAUCUUUUGAAAGAUCUUAGUCUACGUGAUAUUGAGCUUGUGGAACAGGUUAAGAAGUUAGAGCAAUUAGAAGGCAACUUGGACCAGUUUUUGUGUCUUAACUGUCCAAACUUUUUGGAACAUUUCAAACAUACAAAAGAAGUGAUGAAAAUAAAAAGAGAAAUUGCCAACUUGAAAUACCUACUAUCUGAAGAAAGUUUACAGUGUCUUCCAGAAUAUCGAUCAAAAAUACAGGUAUUACAAACAUUGGGAUAUGUUGAUGAAAGAAAAACGGUUAAGCUGAAAGGAAAUGUUGCCUGCGAAAUGAGUAACCAUGAACUCCUAACUACAGAGUUAAUUCUAGAAGACAUUUUGACUCCUUUAGAACCUUCUGAAAUAGCUGCUCUGUUGUCAUGUAUGGUGUUUCAACAGAAAACCGAUAAUGUGCCAAAGUUAACUAAGACUCUUGAAGAGGGAGUAAAGAAAAUCAAAGAGAUUGCUGCACGAAUAGGUCAGACUCAGAGAGAUUGUGGUCUGUUAGAACCUGUAAUGGAUUUUGUGGACCAAUACAAGUUUGGACUGACAGAAGUGGUGUAUGAAUGGGCUCGAGGAACGCCAUUUGCAAAAAUUACAGACUUGACAGAUGUUCAGGAAGGCAUUAUUGUCAGAUGCAUUCAAAGGCUGGAUGAGACUCUAAAAGAUGUGAGAAAUGCGGCAAGAAUUAUUGGUAACCCAGUCUUACAUCAAAAAAUGGUAGAGGCUUCUGACCUGAUAAAAAGGGACAUUAUAUUUGCUGCCAGUCUUUACACCCAGAAUGUGUAGUAAAAUGGUUAAACAUGUUUAUAAAACUUUUUAAGUAAAAAGCUUUAAAUAUUUAGUUUUUCGUAUGAAUUGUAACUUAAUUUAUGUAAUCAAACUCAUGGAAAAUUAUAAUUUCGAUUAUAAAAUUUUCAUUAAGUGGGAAAAGGCAAUGGAUUUCAAAUUUAAGGAGAAAUACAUUUUGUUUAAAAAUUCGAGAAUUUAAAAAUAUAUUUAAAAUUUGUUCAGUAUUCCCAUUUCGAAAGAGUUAUAUAAAGUUUAAUAAAAAGCUAUGUUGUGAAAAGGUUCUUGUAGCUCACACUAAUUUUGGCAUGAAAGGCAAAAUUCAAAAUAUUCACUUAUACCUGUUUCUACCUUGUUAUAAAAGGUAGUUUGUUCUUUUGGUUACCGUUUUAUAAAACCAGUAUCAAUUUAAUUUCAUAGCUAUCUCUAGCUUUGUAUAUUUCUGUGUAAUAAAUUGCGUUAUGAAA